AUGCCGGUCCGGAAAGAUUGUAGUAGAGCUCUCCAUAUUCUGACUAAGUACAGAAAUAACCUUGGUGAGAAUAGUGACAAAUCUUUUCGAAAUGCAGUUGAAAAGUUGACGAAUACUCUUGAAAGUCAACUCUUUUCAUCGCUAAUGGAUAUUUUAGAAGCAUAUGAAUUGGCAUUAACAGGCGACAACAAAGAGUUUUCUAGUGAACAAGUGACAGAUCAUUUGAAUAUUCACCUGAGCGGGUCAGCUAUUACUCCCGACAACCAGUCUGUUGUGAAGCAGUUGAGUCCCGAUCACAUAUCAGCUAAAGCUGAGUGGGAAUACCUGGAUAUCGUUCUCAAACGUGAUUCAUCUGCAGUCGGUGGAUUUGGUUUCAGUAUUGCAGGAGGCAUCGAUAAUCCAGUUUCAGAUGUAGAUCAUGGUAUAUAUGUGACCAGAAUUGCACCGAAUGGAUGUGCAGAUAGAGAUGGUAGACUGAGGGUUGAUGACCAAAUUCUCUCCGUGAAUGAUAUCAGUUUAGAACAUGUCACAAAUAUGGAAGCUGUAAGAACAUUAAGGCAAGCUGGGAAUCAAUUACACCUAGUAGUGCGCCGAUUUGUUGGGAAUACUACAGUAACAGCGUCUAACGCAGCGUUUCCACAACAAUCUUCACCAUUACAGUCACCUGAAGUUCUGUCUGAUAUGGAAGAUAGCGGUUCAACUCCUAUAUGGUAUGAAGCUCAACUCUGUAAACCGAGUCCAAAUACCGGACUUGGAUUUAGUAUUGCAGGUGGCAAGAUCCCUGGUGGUUUAGCUGAUUUAGAUGGUCGUAUUAUGCCUGGUGACCAAUUAAUGCAAGUAAAUGGAAUUGAUCUAAGUCAUGCUACGCAUGAAGAAGCUGUUCGCGUACUUCGUAAUGCAGGUGAUACUGUAAAUUUAGUAUUAACACGUCAACAAGUGGAAAGUUUUGCUGAUGAAUCUGGAUCAAUCGGACAAUCCAUAAAUGGUGAAUCAAAACAUUUAUAUCAAACAAACACAAGUCGAAAAUUUUCAUGA